CAGACGGCGCAGGUUGGGGAUCGAGAGGCGCUGGAGGUCGUUCCCCGCGGCAGGAGCCAUGGAGAUGCCGCUGCCACCCGACGACCAGGAGCUUCGAAAUGUCAUCGACAAGCUGGCUCAGUUCGUGGCUCGCAACGGGCCCGAAUUUGAGAAGAUGACGAUGGAGAAGCAGAAGGACAAUCCGAAAUUCUCGUUUCUGUUCGGAGGCGAGUUCUAUAGUUACUACAAGUGCAAGCUGGCGCUGGAACAGCAGCAGCUCAUCUGCAAGCAGCAGGCCCCAGAGCUGGAGCCGGCCGCAGCCCUGCCACCCCUCACACAGCCCCCGCUAGCCCCUGCUGCACCCAUCCCACCUGCCCAGGGAGCCCCUUCCAUGGAUGAGCUCAUCCAGCAGAGCCAGUGGAACCUGCAGCAGCAGGAGCAGCACCUGCUGGCCCUCAGACAGGAGCAGGUGACGGCAGCUGUGGCCCAUGCAGUGGAGCAGCAGAUGCAGAAGCUCCUGGAGGAGACCCAGCUAGACAUGAAUGAGUUUGACAACCUACUGCAGCCCAUCAUUGACACGUGCACCAAAGAUGCCAUCUCGGCCGGGAAGAACUGGAUGUUCAGCAAUGCUAAGUCCCCUCCACACUGUGAGCUGAUGGCAGGCCACCUCCGGAACCGCAUCACAGCUGAUGGGGCACACUUUGAGCUGCGGCUGCACCUCAUCUACCUGAUCAAUGACGUGCUGCAUCACUGCCAGCGCAAGCAGGCCAGGGAGCUGCUGGCCGCCCUGCAGAAGGUUGUGGUGCCCAUCUAUUGCACCAGCUUCUUGGCUGUGGAGGAGGACAAGCAGCAAAAGAUCGCCCGGCUCCUGCAGCUGUGGGAGAAAAAUGGCUACUUUGAUGACUCCAUCAUCCAGCAGUUGCAGAGCCCUGCCCUGGGGCUUGGCCAGUACCAGGCAACACUUAUCAACGAGUACUCCUCGGUGGUCCAGCCAGUGCUCCUGGCCUUCCAGCAGCAGAUCCAGACCCUCAAGACACAGCACGAGGAGUUCGUCAAUAGCCUGGACCAGCAGCAGCAGCAGCAGCAGCAACAGCAACAGCAACAGCAGCAGAUCCAGAUGCCGCAAAUGGAAACUGAAGUCAAGGCCACGCCACCACCACCUGCCCCACCACCAGCCCCCACGCCUGCCCCAGCCAUCCCGCCAACCACCCAGCCCGAUGACAACAAGCCUCCCAUCCAAAUGCCCGGUUCCUCUGAAUAUGACGCCUCAGGAGGGGUCCAGGACCCUGCAGCCACUGGCUCCCGGGGCCCUGGGCCCCAUGACCAGAUCCCACCUAACAAACCCCCGUGGUUUGACCAGCCUCACCCCGUUGCUCCUUGGGGUCAACAGCAGCCUCCCGAACAGCCUCCCUACCCACACCACCAGGGCGGGCCACCCCACUGCCCACCUUGGAACAACAGCCACGAGGGCAUGUGGGGUGAGCAGCGCGGGGACCCAGGCUGGAAUGGCCAGCGUGACGCACCCUGGAACAGUCAGCCCGACCCCAACUGGAACAACCAAUUCGAGGGCCCCUGGAACAGUCAGCAUGAGCAACCGCCCUGGGGUGGCGGCCAGCGAGAGCCGCCCUUCCGUAUGCAGCGGCCACCACACUUCCGCGGGCCCUUCCCACCCCAUCAGCAGCACCCGCAGUUCAACCAGCCACCACACCCCCACAACUUCAACCGCUUCCCGCCCCGCUUCAUGCAGGACGACUUUCCCCCAAGGCACCCCUUCGAGCGGCCACCCUAUCCUCAUCGCUUUGACUACCCCCAGGGAGACUUCCCUGCUGAGAUGGGACCCCCUCACCACCACCCUGGCCACCGCAUGCCACAUCCUGGGAUCAAUGAACACCCACCCUGGGGGGGGCCCCAGCACCCCGACUUUGGUCCUCCUCCCCAUGGCUUCAACGGGCAGCCCCCCCACAUGCGGCGACAGGGCCCUCCCCACAUCAACCAUGAUGACCCCAGUCUGGUCCCCAAUGUUCCCUACUUUGAUCUCCCCGCCGGGCUGAUGGCGCCCCUCGUGAAGCUAGAAGAUCACGAAUACAAGCCUUUGGACCCUAAAGACAUCCGUCUUCCGCCUCCCAUGCCACCCAGUGAGAGGCUGCUGGCAGCCGUUGAGGCCUUUUAUAGCCCUCCUUCCCAUGACAGGCCAAGGAACAGUGAAGGCUGGGAGCAGAAUGGCCUCUACGAGUUUUUCCGAGCAAAAAUGCGGGCCCGACGGCGGAAAGGCCAAGAAAAGAGGAACAGUGGACCAUCACGGUCUCGGAGCAGAUCCAAAAGCCGAGGGCGCUCCUCUUCUCGCUCCAACUCGAGAUCUUCCAAGUCAUCUGGCUCAUACUCGAGGUCGCGGUCACGCUCCUGCUCCCGUUCCCGUUCCUACUCCCGUUCCCGCUCCAGGAGCCGUAGCCGAUCCCGCUCCUCAAGAAGCCGCUCGAGGUCCCGUUCCCGCUCCAGGUCCAAGUCAUACUCCCCAGGGAGGAGACGUCGGUCUCGGUCCAGGAGCCCCACUCCGCCUUCCUCGGCUGGUCUGGGUUCUAAUUCAGCACCUCCUAUACCUGACUCCAGGCUUGGGGAAGAAAACAAAGGACAUCAGAUGCUGGUGAAAAUGGGCUGGAGUGGAUCUGGAGGCCUGGGAGUGAAAGAGCAAGGGAUCCAGGACCCCAUCAAGGGGGGGGACGUUCGGGAUAAAUGGGACCAGUACAAGGGUGUGGGCGUGGCCCUGGACGACCCCUAUGAGAACUACCGCAGGAACAAGAGCUACUCCUUCAUUGCCCGCAUGAAGGCCAGGGACGAGUGCAAGUAGGUGCGGUGAGGAGCCACGCCAACCGCCGGCAGCUUGGCAUUUGGAACCUUCCUGGCUUAUUGGCUGUGGAAGAUGGUAGGUCUCACACAGCCUCCAUCUUUGGGGAGCAACAGAAGAGAAGGACAACCACAGCGCAUACCUAGUGACCAGUGCCAUGCUCUACCAUGGGAGGCACAGGCCCCUCCUGUAAACCAGCUCUAAUGUAGAAGCAAGAUGCAUAUGAGAAGACACCCUGAACUCAUUCUCUGGACAGUGAAGUGAGAGGCAUGAGCCCCUCACCCCCUGGACAAGAAUCUGCACCUACCAUAUAUGUCGUGACAAAGCUCAGGCCAGGCGCUAGUACUGCUCACUCUUUAAAAAUGGAAAAACAAAACCUUGAUUUGCAAUGUUAAACAGGGUUUUCAUUUUUACUCCAAAUGGUUUAGUUUUUAAAAAAAAAAAUACUGAUCUAAGAUGAUCCUCAGUGGGAUAAUUUGAAACUUGAUUCCUCCAAGACAUACUGACCCUUAGUUAUUUUAGUUAAGUUGAAAUUUUUUUUUUUACAUUAGGCAUUUGCUAUUAUCUCCAGAAACAAAAGGAUCCAAGGAGACAGAUCUGAGGCAUCUUCAGGUUAUAGAAUGAUGCCCAUGGAGGACCUGUGCCCUUAGUGUCUACUUGUGUUUUUCACAUAAAGGAACCCCAACACCAGCACUUGUGUGCAAUGGUCCACUCAGACCCAGUGUGGGGAGGAGCCACAGGCCAUGCCUCCUGCUCUGUCCCUUCCUUUUCUUACCCACCCUCCUCCAACCACAAAGGUAAGGUCUGGAGGGAGCCACAAGGUGACCAUGCCUAGAUCGUUUGCACCUGGCAUCUUUAGGCAGCGGGGGUGUGGUGCCAUUUGUACAGAAACAUUUUUGAAAAAUUCUUUUCAAUAAGAUGCAAAAUCCUUUUCGACCUGGUGUGAUAAAAUAUUUGAUUUUGUUCUAGGUUUCCUGUAGCUGUGAAUUGUUUAAAUGCGUCUGAUUCAGGAUAACGCAUAAACGUGCUGUUAACAAUUUGU